AUGAACGCGAGGAGGAGGACCCGUCGUGGGCCACGGCUGCUGCUGCUGGCGCUGCUGGUGCUGGCGACGCGCCCCGACGGCUCCGGGGCUCAGCGGACGCCGCCGGCUUGGAGGCAGCAGAUCCGCUGGGAGAACCGGGGUCGCCACUACAGCCUCUUCAACAGCGCUGCCCGUUUCUUGCCAGCCCGGGGAGUCGCAGCGGCUCCGGAGCCGCAGACCUUCUACCUGAGCGCCGACGGCGCGUCGUCCGCGGGAAGGAGCGCCGAGGAAGAAGGGUCGGCCACCGGGACGGGGCCGCGGACGGGCCCCGGAGCCGGUGUCAGAGCAGCCGGCGGGGUCGGAGGGGCUGGGCGACGCGACGGAGCGACGACCCGGAGCGACCGCCGGGGGUCUCCUUGGCUCUCCCCGAACAGCGUCUACGACCGUCCCGCCGUCCGGCCGGGCUCAGCCCGACAGAGGUCGGGUUACGGGACCCUCCGCUUCCACCACGACCUGCCAGAUUUGGUCCCCGACCCGUAUUUUCUACAAGCAUCCACCUACAUUGACAAAGUCCAGUUGUAUGCCUUGGAGUGCGCAGCGGAAGAAAACUGCCUUGCGAGAUCCGCUUACCGGCCCGGGGUGAGCAGGAUCAGUUCCCGUGUCCUGCUUCGGUUCCCCCAAAGAGUGAAGAAUCAAGGAACGGUGGACUUCCUCCCAGUGAAGCCGCGACACCAGUGGGAGUGGCACAGCUGUCACCAGCAUUAUCAUAGCAUGGAAGCCUUCAGCAACUAUGACCUUCUGGAUGCCGUCACCCAUGAGAAGGUGGCUGAAGGUCAUAAAGCCAGUUUCUGCCUGGAGGACACUUCUUGCGAUGCCGGGGUCCGUCGACGCUAUGCGUGCACUGCUCAUAUUCAGGGUCUGAGCCCAGGCUGCUACGAUACCUACCAUGCCAAUAUUGACUGCCAGUGGAUUGAUAUUACCGAUGUCCCUCCUGGAAAUUAUAUUCUCAAGGUAAAUCCUCAUCAUCAGUGA